UGUUAAAUAUCUAGAAAUAAUAUAGUUUGUUUGAAAAUUGUGAAGAGUAUAAGUUUCAUAUUCAACCGCUACUUAUAUUUGUACUGAUCUGUGUAAUAUCUGUCUACCUAUAUGUCUACCGAUCUGCGUGCUGAAAAUUUCGACUCGCUCUGACGUUCGAUGUAAAUGGUACGAUUUACAUUUUGAGAAAGUUAAAAAUUAAUUAAAACGUACGUGUUUUUCUUGAAAAGACUUAAAGUGACCAGAAAAUAACGGAAGCUUCUACUUAUCGUUAAUAUUAACGUUUGUUCGCAUUAAUAAAGUAAAGGAAUAACACAUUAAAAUCAUAUACCACCAUGGUGAAAUACUUGAACCAACAGGAAAGCAUUAACAUAGACAAAGAUUUGUUUGAAAAAUAUAAAUUCAGCGUGGACCAAUUAAUGGAACUCGCUGGGCAGAGUUGUGCUGUUGCCAUUGCUUCUACUUAUACUUCGUUAAAAUGUUCAACGAAAAAGAUUCUGGUCUGUUGUGGUCCAGGAAAUAAUGGAGGAGAUGGCCUUGUCUGCGCUAGACACUUAAAACAAUUUGGAUACUCCCCCGAAGUUUAUUAUCCUAAAAGGACGAGUAAUAUUUUAUACGAAAAUUUAUUACAUCAAUGCGUUGAAAAUGAUAUUCCUCUGUUGGGAAACGAGUUGGAAAACUUUGAUUUAAAUCGCUCGUGCGAUUUUCUUCUAAUAGUAGAUGCUUUAUUUGGAUUCAGUUUUAAGCCACCUGUAAGGGAAACAUUUGUUCCAAUUAUAUCUUUAUUAGAAAACACAAGCAUACCUAUUUGUAGUAUAGAUAUACCAUCGGGUUGGGAUGUUGAAAAUGGACCAUCGUCGAAGGGCGACAUAAAACCAGAGAUGCUGGUAUCAUUGACAGCGCCAAAAAUGUGUGCUCAGAAAUUCAAGGGAAAAUAUCAUUAUUUAGGUGGCCGAUUUGUACCUAAAAAAUUGGAGAGGGAAUAUAAUUUGAAUCUACCCGAAUAUUCAGGAACUGAUUUAAUCGUACCUUUGUGUUAAGUUUCGAUGGGAAUAUUAAAUUAUUCGUUGUUAUGAAAUAUUUUUUCAAUUUUUA